AGCUGUCGCCAAGCCCCUCUCCCCGUGGCGGGCCUUUGCCCUCCCGCCGCCUUCAGCCAUGACUUCCCUGACCCAGCGCAGCUCCGGCCUGGUGCAGCGCCGGACUGAGGCCUCCCGCAGUGCCGCCGCCGACAAGGAGCGGGGGGCGGGGGGCGGCCCGGAGGAUGAAGGCCGCCGGGAUGAGCCCGGCGAUGACGAGAAGGGCGACUCCAAGGAAACGCGGCUCACCCUCAUGGAAGAGGUGCUGCUCCUAGGUCUCAAGGACCGUGAGGGUUACACAUCGUUCUGGAACGAUUGCAUCUCCUCAGGAUUGCGUGGCUGUAUGUUAAUCGAAUUGGCAUUGCGAGGGCGUCUUCAGUUAGAGGCUUGUGGAAUGAGGCGCAAAAGUCUAUUAACAAGAAAGGUGAUCUGCAAGUCAGAUGCUCCUACAGGGGAUGUUCUGCUUGAUGAAGCUCUGAAACACAUAAAAGAGACCCAACCUCCUGAAACAGUACAAAAUUGGAUUGAACUGCUUAGUGGUGAAACAUGGAACCCAUUGAAGUUGCACUACCAAUUGCGAAAUGUCCGUGAACGGUUAGCUAAAAAUCUAGUGGAAAAAGGUGUACUGACAACAGAGAAACAGAACUUCCUUCUUUUUGACAUGACUACGCACCCUCUCACCAACAACAAUAUCAAACAGCGCCUCAUCAAGAAGGUUCAAGAAGCAGUUCUUGACAAAUGGGUGAAUGACCCUCACCGCAUGGACAAGCGCUUGCUGGCACUUGUUUAUUUAGCCCAUGCUUCAGAUGUUCUGGAGAAUGCUUUUGCCCCCCUUUUGGAUGAGCAGUAUGAUUUAGCCACAAAGAGAGUGCGGCAGCUUCUGGAUUUAGACCCUGAGGUUGAAUGUAUGAAAGCCAACACGAAUGAGGUUCUGUGGGCUGUUGUAGCAGCUUUCACAAAAUAACUGCAUUCAGACUGAAGUGUUCUCUCUUCUUUCAUGUAAACCAGUUGUUUCUCUUCUAUUGACUAUUCAUGUUUUCUAUAAUUUGUACCUUCUCACAUGAUGAAUCAGCUCUUGUUUAAUGGGAAUUAUAAGUGGUGUAUUCCCUCCUUCUCUGUGUAUCUGUAUACAGGAUUCUGCUGGUACAAGAGACCUUCCUGUUUAAAAACAACAGAAAAAGGUUUUACUGCCAUAUUGGCAUUCUAUUUCCUAUUCAAUUUGAGUUAUCUGAAAUACUUUGUUUAAUCUA